UAAGCCAUUUACUUGACAUGGUGGCUUGACGUUGUGAUGUUGGUGUCGUCGCGCGGUCGUCGUAGGUUUUCGUAAAGACCCCGAGGAUAAACGUUUGUUCACUGUCUAGUGUGGUGGAAGUUGUUGUGCGUUAGUUUCCGCGGUUUCGAAGCCGUUUAAUUUUUCACAUGCACAACGUGGGAUAAAGAUCUCCCGGCCUGCGCCUCACCGUUUAAGUCCACGCCAGAAAGAAAAAUAAGAUAAACGAAUUCAGGUUAAACGAUUCAGAAUGGCACUAUGGGCCCAGGCACAACAGUUGCCUGAAAAUUGUUUACAGCAGAUACGGUCUAUAUAUGGGGAACAUUUUCCUAUUGAGAUAAGACAUACUUUAGCUGCAUGGAUUGAAGAAAAAUUUUUAAUUGAUACAGAAAUUAUUGGUGACAAUCCCCAACACGAGCAAUAUGUUGCCAAUACAAUUACUUCAUUGUUCAAUGAAAUCGAGACGAAAGCUAAUUCAUUCACUAACCCAGAGUUUUUCUUGACCAGAAUUAAAUUGAGUGAUGCUGCCAGAUUCUUGCAGUUACGAUACAGUUCAAACCCUAUGAUGUUAUUCAAUUACAUUCGCCGUUGCUUACAAACUGAAAAUCAAAUUGUCAUGAGAGCUAAUGGAGACACGUCUGGCGGGCUUCCGCACAUGUUAAUGUCAAAUUCAGGGGUUGAAAUAUUACAACAACUAGAUGUUUUACGACACAAAACGCAGGAAACUGGCGAAAAAGUACGAUCGAUGGAAAGCGAACAAGAAGCUUUUGCUUUACAUUAUCAUGAAUGUACAAAAAUUAACGCUCAAAUUCAAGAACAUCAAAGUCAACAACCCGUUUCAAGUCAUUUACAACAGCUUCAAUUGAGAAAAACCAACAUGGAAAUGCAAUUAAGCGAAAAGAUUGCACAUUUGGUACAAGUUCGAAUGGCUUUAAUAGACGAUUUAAAGAAAACGGUUCAAUUACUUUCAAAAGUUCAAUCGAUGGUAUUGGACGAUGAAUUAAUCCGCUGGAAAAGGGAACAACAAUUGGCGGGAAACGGCGCAGUUUUUAAUGGAAAUUUAGAUACCAUUCAAGAAUGGUGCGAAUGUUUAGCCGAAAAUAUUUGGAUUACUCGUCAACAUUUAAAAGAUAUUGAAAGAUUAAAACAAAAAUUGAAUUUGGAGUCACCAGGAGGUGCUGAUAUGCUUCCUCAGUUACUCAGUGAAGUAACACAAAUUUUAAGCGCUUUGGUUACAUCUACUUUUAUUAUUGAGAAACAACCACCGCAAGUUAUGAAAACAAAUACGCGAUUUACAUCAACAGUACGUUUAUUAGUUGGUGGAAAAUUAAAUGUAAACAUGACUCCCCCUCAAGUAAAAGUCACAAUAAUAUCAGAAUCCCAAGCUAACGUUUUAUUAAAAAGCGAUAAAUUAGCGAAAAAUGGCGAAGCAAGCGGAGAAAUUUUAAACAACACUGGAACUAUGGAAUAUCAACAGGCUAGCAGGCAAUUGUCGGUAAGCUUCCGGAAUAUGCAAUUAAAGAAAAUAAAACGUGCUGAAAAGAAGGGUACUGAAAGCGUCAUGGACGAGAAAUUCUCGUUGUUUUUCCAAUCGCAAUUUAGCGUCGGCGGCGGUGAAUUAAUGUUCCAAGUGUGGACGUUAUCUCUUCCGGUGGUUGUAAUUGUUCACGGGAAUCAAGAACCGCACGCUUGGGCUACUGUUACGUGGGAUAACGCGUUUUCUGAACCCGGACGUCCACCAUUUGCCGUUCCGGAUAAAGUACCGUGGAAUAAAGUCGCAGAAAUGUUAUCGUUAAAGUUCAGAUCGACGACUGGACGAUCUCUAAACGAAGAUAAUUUACGCUUUUUGGCGGAUAAAGCUUUCCGCGGUUCGUUUACCGAUAAUAAUCAGCUAUUGUCUUGGUCCCAAUUUUGUAAAGAACCUCUAAGCGAGAGGAACUUUACAUUUUGGGAAUGGUUUUAUGCUGUUAUGAAAUUGACAAGGGAACAUCUUAAAGGACCUUGGGUUGAAGGGCUUAUUUUGGGAUUUGUUCGUAAAAAGGAUGCUGAAGAUAUGUUGCAGAGGUUAACAUCUGGAACGUUUUUGUUAAGAUUUUCUGAUAGUGAAUUAGGAGGAGUUACUAUUGCUUGGGUUUCAGAAAAUUCUGAAGUUUUUAUGAUUCAACCAUUCACAUCAAAAGAUUUUGCGAUUCGAUCUUUGGCUGAUCGGAUAAAAGAUCUUCAACACCUUAGCUUUUUGCACCCAAACAUUUGCAAGGAAACCGCUUUUAUGAAAUAUUAUACUCCUGAUAAUCAUCAAGUUUCGUCUACAAAUGGUUACGUAAAACCUUCAUUAAUAACGCAGGUACCUCCCAUGUACACUGGAUACCAAAACACGCCCCAACACUCUUUUAUGCAAUCGCCAGAUCCUUCUAGGGACACCCCUUCGGUGGUGAGCAGUUACGCCGGGGAUUCCAUGAUGGGGCCGGCCUCGCAGCCGUCCGUCCACAGUUACGACAGUUAUAUGCCUGAACUUGAGGAAUACCAGGAUAUGUUUAUAACGCCGUAAAGAGAAUUUCUCCGAUCCCGAUCCAACUCUUUAACUUUUAUUAAAAUAUUUUAUUUUAAAAGUAAAUACUCAGUCCAAAAUAACCAAAACUAAAAAAAGACUUUGUGCCAUAUGUUUUUAUUGUGCUUCCUUUUAAACGAUUUUAAUUAAUUGUUAAAAAAAACAUUUUUUUCUUUAAAUUGAUAUUGGUUAUUUUGAACAUGAGUGAAAUUGAAGAUAUGUGUUACCUGAAUUGUUCGAUAUUGUUUAAUUGUUGUUCUUUUUCUUGAUGGAGUCUAAUGCACUUAAAGAGAUACGUGCAAAUAUAAAUGUAGAGUAAAAACACAUAAAUCAA